AUGCAUCCCCUCCCCCGACAGCUCCUUUCCUCCUCCCGCAGCCACCCACCACCCCUUUCCUCCGACCGGUUCGCCAACAUGGCGCCAGCAACGAGACUCUGCCUCACCCUGCCCCUCCGCGCGGCGGGGAGGAGGAGGACGGCGGCCUUCACGUCGACGAGGACGAUUCACAACAACCCCCCGAAACCGGCCAAAGUAGUACCCGUGUACGGCACCGGUCCCCCCCCCGAGCCUCCCACCCCGGCGGCAGAGUACGCGGUAGAGGAGCGCCUCGCGAGGAGGAAAAGACAGGCCGAGAUGCUCAGACAGGCAAGAGACAUUCGCAAGAACAACGGCAACAACAGCAAACCUGCCGACCCGAACGCGCCGGUGUUGAAAAGGAGGUUUUGGAAGGAUGUCUCCAUCAAGGAGGUUGUCGGUACGUACAUUCCCCCGCCCCCUUUUCGUCCCCCCACCUUUUGCUUUCUUUCUUUCUUUCUUUCUUCCUUUCUUUCUUUCUUGUGUGUGUGUGUGUGUGUGUGUGUGUGUGUUUGUACUGAUGAUGUGUGGUAUGGUGUAGGAGCCUACCAGAUCCACCUCGACUCCCGCCCCCUCCGGCACCCAACCACAAAAUCCAUCAUCCGCAUCCCCUUGUCCAAACCCCAGCUCGCCCACGCGCUGGCGGUGGAGUGGGACCAGUUGUUGUCUGCACAGGAGGCGACGAAGCAGCAUCUUAUCCCGCUUACGUCUUUGGUCUGCAGGGCGGUUGACAUUGGGGCUGAGGACGCUGCGCAUCCUGGCGGUCCUGGUCCGAUAAGGGAGUCUAUUGUCACCGGUAUGAUGCGGUAUCUCGACACGGACAGCUUGUUGUGCUGGGCGCCGCCUGCUGAUAGCACCAACCCCCACGCGCCGAGCAGUUACCUCAAUGAUGAGGGGAAGAGCUUGAGGGAUCUGCAAGAGGAGGCGGCGGGGGGUGUGGUGGGUUGGUUGACGAGUAAGGUCUGGCCGGGGGUGAAUAUCGUGCCGGUGUUGGAGGAUAGCGGGAGCAUACUGCCCAGGAAACAAGAGCCGGGGGUGAGGGAGGUGGUGCAGGGGUGGGUGUUGGGGUUGAGUUGCUGGGAGCUUGCGGGCAUCGAGAGGGCGACACUUGCGGGGAAGAGCUUGCUUACGGCCGCGAGGUUGGUUUGUGAGUGGAGCGAGGAGAGGCAAGACCUGACCCAGGGGGAGGAGAGAAAGUUUGGGGUGGAGGAGGCGGCGAGGGUGGUGAGCGUGGAGGUUGAGUGGCAGACCCGGAGGUGGGGAGAGGUGGAGGAUACACAUGACGUAGAGAAGGAAGAUUUGAGGAGGCAGCUGGGGAGUGUUAUCUUGCUUGUUGGGGGGACUGGGAGGUAG